CACCACCAUACAAAAGUCAACACGAAACACUCUGGAUCCAAGACUCUGACUGCUGUCCCAUGAUAAGCCGGCAAUGCGUCCAGCGCUACUCAUAUUAAAGAGUGUACCCGACCGAUCUCGUCGCAGAAAAUAUGGCCAUCAAUAAAUCCCGAAAACUAGUUCGCUACUGUCUAUCACGGCGACUUUCAGUCCAAGAAUUUGGAUCAUUGUUGCAAUUGUAUCGAGAUGAGCUGAAUGGCAAGCUGUUGUUCAAUGCGCUGGUCGACUGUCGGAUCUCAUUCUGCGCGCCAGGAGAUCCCCUCCUCUCACUAUAUGUUGAACAUCUCGGAAUUACUGGAGUUGUCAACGUCGCAACUGCUCUUCUGAUUGUCAUCAACAAAUGGAACAAAUCCAGAGAUCCACAGAACCUGCACGCUAUGGAGUGUUACCGUCGAAUAUUACAGGACAUUGUCAUGGUGAUAUUGUCCCCAAAGUACAAAGCCUGCUUUGAUGACAUACAAGCCUCUCUCCAACUAUCCUCGAGAUGGCUAAUAUCUUUGGCUCCUCAAGUAUCUCAUGAAUUGGAUGAAUAUAUGGCCACGGCGAAAUCCCAUGUUGUCGAAGCACUUGCAUUUCUUGUCUCCUCCCUGGCCUCAACCGCCGCUGGCUGCGAGGCUCUUUCCGUCACCCACACCCCAGAUCGUGUGCCAAGGGAGGUAUCAUCUUCUGUAAUUGCACUACGGAGCUCAGUCAGACAAUCUCUGGAUCUCGCCCAGUAUUCCGCAUUGUCAAGCCAUCUUCUCAGUCGGAUAAAUGGCGUCCUCGAUGUACUGAAUCAGGAUUCAUCGCUGUCACGCGACUCCGCUGCUCAGUUGACGGAUAUCAGGACGAUGCAGUUCGAAGCUCAUGUCCCCGAAACUCACAUGAUAGCCUCAAGAGCGGCGACAAUUCUUUAUCUUACUGCUAUGCUUUCAUCAGGAUCAACGAUCGACGAUGGCGCCCUGGUCAACUAUCUCUGCACUCGUCAUCAGAAUGACUAUCAGGCCGUUUUCUCGGAUGUCCUCGUUGUGUCGUUCCACAUUUUGAGAGCACAAUUCUCGAACACAGAUACCACACUUUGUUAUCAACAGUGCCGAUUAUUCCUGCAAAACAAGCUGCCUAGUCUCCUCUCUAUGAUAUCGGCUUCAUCUUUCAAUAGCUUUGACACUGAGCAGACCAUAGUCGAAACAUGGGCUCUAGUCUUGAUGGAACUAUCAAACCCAGAUCUCGUGUCUGUGGGAUCUCGAUUUCUCUACAUCUGCUCACUCCAUCGCUUGAUUUCUCACUCAAGCAGCCUACAACUCAUCGGGAACGAGGACAUAAUCUCUGGCAUGAGUAAAGGUCUCUAUUCGAAAGAUGACCUCGUAUCGCAGGUAACCUCAAAUCAUGUCAGGGGUCCUAAACUGGUUGAAGAACUCAUCCGGAGUGAUGGGAGUGCUGGUUCUAUCAGUCACGCGUUGGUUGAAAUUAUGCACAACUAUUGCAGCAGCAAAGAAACCCAGUACCUUAAGGACCUUUCAAAUGCAGUUAUCCGAAAACCGGCAGCUGUCAACUGUAUUGCCCUGUUCGUUCCUCCAAGCUUUUGGCUCGGCCCUAUAUGCACGCUAUUGGACGAAUGGCGAUGGAAUGAAAUCCAUGGUGAAGCUCAACCUGUAUACGAUGAUUUCGGAGCUGCAUUCCUGCUUGUACAAGUGUGUAAAGCGCGCCUGGGUCUGUGUGAAACCGAUCUCGGUAUUCGGAAGAAGGACGGUUUUCUGUCUGAGUUCUUCAACAAUGCCGAUGCCGACAUUGACUUGGAAAGACUUUCGGAAGAGAGGAAAAUUCAUCUUGGUAACUGGAUCAACGCUCUCUACCUUGCAGAAGGAUUGAGUGAUGAGCUGUUCACCAAUUGUAGCCCGCAUGACUUCUACAUUCUGAUACCAACACUGUUGAGACAGUCCAUAACGGCCUACCAGCAAGAAAAAAUGACUCAGGAAUCUCUGAAGGCUGGUCUUGACUAUCUCUUAGAGCCUUUCCUUCUUCCGUCCUUGUCCUCCGCGCUCAACUGGAUCACCAAAGUUCUCCAGGAAGGCACCUUCGAAGUCUCGUGUAUCCUUGACGUUUUCACGAAGGUUCCUGGAAGCCCUGACUCACGAGACAUUCAUGGGACAAUCCUAUCAAUGUGUGCAGGCAGUCUACAAGAGCAAAUACAGUCAAAGCAAGGGCAUGAUCACAUUAGAUUGAAAGCUGCCAGCGAUAAUUUAAAUCAGUAUUCUGAAUUCUCUUUCCCGGGCAAGAAUAGAUGGCUCAGCGACCACAAUCAGAUCUCAAACAAUCUACAGCAAAGCAUUAUAACCAUGAUCACCAGCAACGGAGCGUCCACCACCCCAACUGACGCAGCCUAUGACAUUUCAUUGAUGGUGCACACUGCUGUCAGCGCCCUCGGCCCCCAAGGAACGCUACGGAUACUUUUGAGAGUACUACUUCAGCUCAGCGACAGCCAUGAAUUUCUCUCUGCUGUCGACACAAUUUCGACCAUUGUUUGUACAGGUGGCCAACAGCUGAAAGAAGCACUACGAGUGCAGCACCAAAAUUUAGGACGUAUUCUGAAAAAAGAGUCAAUUCUAGCCGAGGCCGUAGUUCGACUACACAGACAGGUCGAGGGUUAUGCAAAUCUCCUUACUGUCCAGGACAUGAAUCUGAACGAGUUUACCUUUGCUCAACAUCUCAGCAAUAUCGACACGGCGAAUCCAAACCUUGACGGUGUCCCAACUUCAGCGGGGCCAAUGGAGGACCCGGUAGAUCAAGAACAGGCUGACGGCAUUGACCAGGUUCUCGACGAAGCUGCCGCACUAGGCAGCUUGGAUUCGAACGAUGCCGACAUGAACUUUGACGCUCUUUAUGGUUUACAAAAUAACGACAUGGACUUGAACGAUCUAGAUCUUGAUAUGUUUUAGCAGAAUGUGUCUGAGGAUUUUUCGAACCCUUGAAAUCUCUCAUCUCAAGCAAAAUUCAGCGCGUAGACGCUGCAACGCCAAGUACAUAGCUUCCCGCUGUCCGGAGCCAAGAUAUUCCAGCCUUAUUAAGAACGCCAGAGGAGGCUGAACUUGCAGUGUUGCUGGAACAUUGAUUCCACGAACUUCUUGAUCUGCUCCUUCACUCACCGCCCGAGAAGGCCGCGCUUGGCUGUGGCCAUGGGCAUCGACAUCUCCGAAAGCAUAACCCAAUGUUCCCAGGAAAUCUCGAACAGUCUCUUGGAGGGCAGCAGUUUGCACCUGUACGAUGCUGUUGCGAUCCAAAUUGCCAUGGCUUAGUGUCUCGGCCAGACUUGACGGGUCAAGCUGUGCCAAAGCAUCGAUCAAUGCAGCAUGUAGGCAGAUCUUCGAAACGAAAUACCGGUUCCAGUGAAAGAAGCCGUUCCAGGAACGAAACCAGUGAAGCCGAAAAGGAGAACCAGCGGCCCAAAGGCCACGUUCUAAAUUGGGCCGGAUUUCUUCAUCGACAACAGGUUGAGGCAUCCAUUCACGCAUGUCACACCAGCUAGCUACUUUCUCUUCAAGUUUCAAGGCCGCUUUGAUGUACGAUCCAACCAAUGUGUCUCGGUCCAAUGAUCGGGUUUGGCAAAUAGAGACAAAGUUCUUGAUUCGAGCACGUAAUUUCGAGACGCCGUGAAAGAAAUUGCGCAGUCGAGAGGAAGCCUUUGGCACGACCGGUACGGCUUUCGGAAUUUGAGCCUCCAGCAUCAGAUAUUCUGGAGAUGGUUCUUCACUUGCAAACAAUGGUUUCCAAUGCUGGUCGCGGUUAGUUUUGUAAGAUGAUGGGCACGACGAGGGUCCCUUUACCAUGGAAGAGAGAAGGAGCUGAUAUAAAUGGCGACCUUCUGGAGUGGUAAAUUGGCCUUCGCCACGCAUACGGAGAAGCAUUAACGUGCCGUCGAUAUGUGUUUGCUGUGCCGAGUCUCCGCCCAAGUUGCACUGGUUAGAGCCAGUGAUAUUGGCAAGCAGCUGUUUCCUGUCAGAUGCUUGAUAGGAUUACCCCAAAGAACAGCUCUUACCUCUCUGAUACCCAAUAGCCAGACGGCCACCAGCGUCUCAUCUUUGAGGCGCUGAUCGUGAUCGGCCAACGCUGCAUUGACGCCUGAAACUGCCUUGGCAUACUCAAAAUCGACAAUAUUUCGCAUGUCAACUGUUGGUGAUCGGUUUGCAAGAUUCACUAUUCCAACGGCUCGCAUAGCGGCGUAUAGAUAUGAAUGGCGACUGACUUUUGAGAGGAUAUCAGGGAGGAAGGAGAAGGUUUCGUUGCCGUAGAGAAUCCGAGAAUGAACGUCCAGCUGCGAGAGCGAGUACCAGACGGCUUGUUCCGUCACGUCUUGGGGGAGAUUGCCCAUGGACAUAGGACUUUGCGAACGUCUUUUGGAUAAUUCUAGGACAGAAUCGCUUUGAGCGGUGUCGCUUUCUUCCGACUCGAUAGAUGCAGUCUUUGCACUAUAACAAUUUGGCAACAGACUUUCGGUCGAA